UCAACCUACCAUAUACCAGUUACCUAGCAAUGACAGAACACACUAACCACAAAACUGUUGGAUUUCAAUGGAUACUUAAUUACCGUAUUCCCUAACUGCGGAGAUUUGUAGCUUUUUCAACCAAGGGAACUCUGACAGAUGGAUGUGAAGAUGAAAUAUCAAUGACAGAACACACUGACCACAAAACUGUUGGAUUUCACUGGGUACUUAAUUACUGUAUUCCCUAACUGUGGAGGUUUAUAGCUUUUUCAACCAACGAAACUCUGACAGAUGGGUGUGAAGAUGAAAUAUCGAUGCUGUAUUCAUCUCCAUUCCUUGAUAUUGCCUACAGUCUGAUAUCAGGACAUUGGUUUCAGUCCAGACUUCUACCGAAGCCCAAUGAAAGAAAAUAGGACUCGCUCAACUUGUUUUCCAUGUGUCACCAGAAAUACGGAGGCGUACUGAUAGGGUUGUGUGUGGAUAUAUCUGACAACGGUUGGCACAUCAUACUCACAGAAGAAAAAAACACCAGUGCUUGAGGAUUCAAAUGGUACAAACCCCUGAAUGUGGCCAAUUUGAGGACAAUUAUGAAAGUGAUGUUUUUUGAGUGGUCGCUUGCAAUCCUGCUCUCCAUGCAGCUUUUGGUUUCGGCAUCGAAGUUGGAGAUGAUUGACUAUGAGAGUCAACACGUCACCUGCUCAAAGGGUCUCUUUAACUGCACAGUGAAGGCAUGUGCUGGGAUUCCGAUCCAAAAGUGUCCUGUGGAUGCAAAAGGGCUGUCGGUGCAGCCUGUGCUGUGCUGCAGACAGGGCACAGCAUGCAGACCUUGCCUACACAUUCGCCUUGACAUCCAGCCCAGAAACGACCAGACAGCAUCGUACGCGAGUGUGUGUUACACUGUGCCACAGCUAAUAAUGCCUCUGUGCAAAAAGCUCGAGUUCACAGUGAUCCCUGCUGCUCCGGAUGAGCGAGCUUCAUCCAAGCAGGCAUGGCUGUCACUGCUGCUUGAGUCUAAAGCCCUGUCCUUCAGCAGUCAGGUGACUGUGUAUGUUUGCAACCUUCACUCGACUGUGGUGCUUCCGUCAGUGGAUGAAGUGUGCUCAUCCGCCUCACAGGGAGUUGUAGAGGAAUGUGAAGUCCCCAGUUUCAGCACUCCGAUUGAUCCGGAGAGACGUGAGGUGAUGCUGCGAGUCGCAAAGGAAGUGGACAGUCCCUACCACCUAGAAAUGUGCCUACAACAUGAACAUAAUGGAAUGUGCAGGACCUGGAAAGAGAAGUCCCUUCCACUGCACUCUGUCACCCCCUGCAUGUGCUUCCAGUUGUGGUGGGAUAAAGGAGACGAGAGGUCUCGUCGAUCUAGGAGCUGUCCUUUUAGGAACAACACCGAGCUGUUCCAGAGGAACCUAUGGGAGAAUGUGUCAGUAUCUGUGGUACAGGGCCAGAUGAACAGUGGCGGUGCAAUGCUGUCCUGGAACCUGACUGCCCCCUGUAGGGUGGAGGCUGAAGUGUGGCCCUGCCAGAGAGAUGCAGGCGUGGACAAGGACAGAUGCACAGAGCUGGGGGACAUUAGGCAGCGUCUGUCAAAUGACAUAUGGAGGGAAAAUGACAGGGGACUCUGGCUGAUGCCAGGUGUGUUUGAGGAUGUCAAACCUGGCCUUGAUCUCUGUGUGAUGGUGAAGGUCAAAGGGAAGAACAGUGAGCUUGGCCCCUUCUGUCCCAUUGACUCCAGAUGGUGGCACUGGCGCUGGGGUCUGCUGGUUCUGGUCUCCCUGAUGCUGGUAGGCCUAGCAGGAAUGUGUCUCUAUUUCCUGCAUGGCAAACUGAAACGGUGGGCAUGGGAAUGGCACCAGAAGGAGUGUGAUCAACUACCUAUAAGGGGCCACGUGGUGCUGCUGAGCCCGCCGGAUGUGGAUAACUCUGUGUCAGAGCUGGUAUGUGAGCUUGGCUCCUCUCUGCAUGCCAGGGGCCUCAGUGUGUCUGUGGACCUGUGGAGUCGGGCUGAGCUGUGCUCUCUGGGGCCCCUGCCCUGGCUGCACUCCCAGCUGCAGCCCCUGGACAGCCAGGGGGGCAGGGCCUUACUGGUACUGACGCAGGCAGCCUGGAAGAAGGCAGAGGAUUGGGGCCAACAGUGGGACCAGCAUGGCCAGCAGGGAAGGGACAUAGCCCAGGCAGUGGAGGAGAAGAGGCUUCUCCAGGGCUUGUCCUCCCCAUACGCGGACGUGUUCAGUGCCGCUCUGAGCUGCAUCAAGGUGGACCACCAGCAAGGGCGCGCUGGAAAGCGCUUCCUCCUGGUCCACUUUGAGGCCCAUUCUUCCAAGCCCCUCAGCAGUGAAAGGGAUCUCCCAGAGUUGUUCCAAGGGCUGCCCUUGUUUCACCUGCCCUCCCAGAGACAGGAGCUCCUCGUUCAGCUGGCCAUAGGGUCUAAUGGGCCUAGGGCUGGUAUAGGUGGAUAGAGGGGCUGAAGGACACUCUAUUUACGGGCUGUCUAAAGGGACUCCAGGGUUUGAGGAGAGACAGUGGGAUACCUGAUGAAGGGGUUUCCCCAUAAUUAUGUUGAGUGGAGAACAGCUGGGAGACUGUGCCCUUACAGCAGAGCAGUCGCCCUGAGGUCUAAUUCCUCCCAACCAUCCAAGCCUGCUCACAUCAUCACCCCAACACCCCCGGCCACUUACUUUACAUUAGCACUGCAAUACACUGGACGCAACUUGUUGGAUGCAGAACCCUUGGAUUAUACUGUAUGUGGUGAUGUUAUGAGGGCUAGAGUUAUUGAGAGUGUAUGAAACAACAACACAGCUGUCACCUUCCGUACACCUUGAGGAUGGACUUCUAUGUGUGACACUAUUAUAUAGGUUAGGGGAGACCAGGGAACAAAGUAACUGUUUAAGCUUUUGUUUGGUAUGAAAAUAAUAUUUGAUGUAGAUUGAUUAUCUUUUUAUACAAACACACAUAUCUUAGCUACCAUUAUACACUGUAACGAAGUUUGCAAUCUGUUGAAAUGAUGAGAAUAGAAAGGUCAUCACACAGAACAGUAGAAACAUAUAUGGCAACUAGAAAUCAAAACUGGAUGGCCUUCAGAGAUAGAUGAGAGGGGUUGAGGGUGGCUGAAGGAUGGGACUAAAAACAACAAAAAGAUAACCAAUGUAAAGUAUACUGUGUCUGUAAAAUGUAUAUAUAUAUAUAUAUAUAUAUAUAUAUAUAAAUGUAUAAGCUGGACGUAGAAGUCUAAGUAUUGUUGUCCAUUAGUUUACUCCAAUAGGGGAGGGGGUGGUAGGGUUGAGGAAAAUAAUAAAUAAAGAAUAAAUAUUUAUGAAAAAAUACAUAUACAGUACAAGUCAAAUGUUUGGACACCUAUUCAUUCAAGGGGUUUUCUUUAUUUUAAUGUUCUAUAUUGUAGAAUAAUAGUGAA